UCGUCGACGCCAAAACCCCUCCCCCUCGCCGGCGACACGAGAUGGAGCCGGCCGCCGCCGCCGAGCAGCUGGACGUGGACAAGCUCACCUACGAGAUCUUCUCCAUACUGGAGAGCAAGUUCUUGUUCGGUUACGAUGACCCCAAGCUCGUGUUCAGCGGCGGGUCGUCGCCACACGGGGUGGUGGUGUCGGGGAAGGGGACUCCGGCGAGAGCGGCGGCGGAGCGUGGUAAGGUGUGCGUGCUGUCGAUUGAUGGAGGCGGGCGUGCUGCGGAUGGGUUGCUCGCCGGCGCCGCGCUGGUGAGGCUGGAGGCGUCGCUGCGGCGGCGGACUGGGGAUGAGGAGGCGAGGCUGGCGGAUUUCUUUGAUGUGGCUGCCGGCUCCGGCGCGGGCGGCGUGCUCGCGGCGAUGCUGGUCGCGCACGGCGGGGACGGGCGGCCGAUGUUCUCGGCGGAGGACGCGCUGGCGUUCCUCAUGCGGAGUCUCCGGCGAGGGUGGUCUGGCGGCGGCGGCGGAGGCGGCCUCCGCGCGCUGUUCCGCCACCGCUCCGGCGCCGCGUUCCGGAAGGUGUUCGGCGACCUCACGCUGCGGGACACGGUGCGGCCGGUGCUCGUCCCGUGCUACGACCUCGCGUCGGCGGGGCCGUUCCUCUUCUCCCGCGCCGACGCCGUCGAGACGGCGGCCUACGACUUCCGCCUCCGCGACGUGUGCGCCGCCACGUGCGCCGGGUCGGACGGCUCGGCGUCGGCGGUGGAGGUGCGGUCCUCGGACGGCACGACCCGCAUCGCGGCCGUCGGCGGCGGCCUCGCGCUCGGCAACCCCACGGCGGCGGCCAUCACGCACGUGCUCAACAACAAGCGCGAGUUCCCGCUCGCCGCGGGCGUCGACGACCUGCUGGUCAUCUCCAUCGGCAGCGGCGAGUGCGAGCACCGUCACUCCGGCGGCGCCACCGCCGCCUCGACGUCCGAGAUCGUCAGGAUCGCCGCCGAGGGCGUCGCCGACAUGGUGGAUCAAGCAGUGGCCAUGGCGUUCGGACAUAAUAGGACAAACAACUACAUCCGCAUACAGGCGAUGGGUUCGCCGCGGGCGAGCCAAGGAGGGGUCAGGUGUGGCGGCGGCGGCGGUGGCGGCAAUGGCGCAGGGUGGGGCGUGGCGGAGGAGAUGCUGUCGCAGAAGAACGUGGAGUCGGUGCUGUUCCGGGGGAAGAAGCUGGCGGAGCAGACCAACGCCGAGAAGGUGGAGUGGUUCGCGCACGAGCUCGUCAAGGAGCGCGACCGCCGGAGGACGGCCGGCGCGCUCGCCCCCGCCGUCGUCAAGCAGCAGCCGUCGGCGGCGGCGGCGGCCGACGGCCACCCGCCGCCGCCUACGUCGUACUCGAACCUGGUCAGCCAGAUGUUCACCACCAUCCUGUAGUGUAGACGUGCGUGCGUGGCCAGUGAGAUGUGCUUCCGAUGUAUUCAUUCUCUCCUUAUUUUGCCUGAUUUUUGUAAAUGUAGAGUAACAAAAAUGUUCGUUGCUUGCCGUGAUCUGUACGUAGGACAUGUCUGUUUAUUUAAUCUCCCUCUAAAUCUUAGGAUGCUUAAUGCAGAGCGAGCUGGUUAGUUGACUAAAAGCUGUAGAAUCAAGUUAAGUACUACCACUACUACUAUAGUGAAAGCUGUUAUAGAAAAAACUAAAGCAAACACAUAAUAGUAAUAUAAGAGGAUCAGAUCACUGAAACAAGUGCCAGAU